CCCAAGCUAGUUGUUCUUGGGACAGUCAUUGUCUCCGACCUUUUCAGCGUCUUUGUUUCUUCUCUUUCGUUGGCUUCAAUGGCCAAAGACGGACCUAACUGGGACGGACUGCUUAAAUGGAGUCUCUCUCACGCCGAUGGUACUCGGCCUACUCGCCAGUUGAGCGAGGAGGAUCGACAAUGGUUUGCGGAAGCUAUGCAAUCUCAGACCGUAGAUGUAGUCAAGCGGAUGAAGGAGAUUACACAGGUGAUGCAGACACCUCAACAAGUUUUGGAGGCUCAUGAAGUAACCCCUCAAGAUAUCCAAGAUUUGCUGGAUGAGUUGAAGGAACAUGUUGAAUCGAUCGAUUACGCUAAUGAUCUUCAUUCCAUUGGAGGCUUGGUUCCUCUUCUUGGCUACCUCAAAAACUCCAAUGCUAAUAUCCGGGCAAAGUCUGCUGAUGUCGUAAGCACAAUGGUUGAGAACAAUCCUCGAAGUCAACAAUUUGUUAUGGAGGCCAAUGGUUUGGAGUCAUUGCUUCUUAACUUUACUUCAGACGCAGAUAUGCAUUCUCGAACACAGGCGCUCGGUGCAAUAUCAUCUUUGAUUCGCCACAAUAAACCCGGGAUCACUGGGUUCCGGCUUGCAAAUGGUUACACUGGUUUAAGAGAUGCAUUGGAAUCUGAUAGUGUGAGAUUUCAAAGGAAAGCUCUGAACUUGUUGCAUUAUCUGCUACAAGAGAAUGACUCAGACUGCGAUAUUGCUAUAGAACUUGGGUUUCACCGUUUGAUGAUGCGCCUCGUGUCUAGCUCCGAUGCUGAUAUAAGAGAAGCUGCUCUUCGAGGACUGCUCGAGCUAGCCAAAGAUGGAAAAUACUGUAUUUGUGGUUCUAGCAUAGAGAAAGACGGUGAGAAACUGAGACGGUUUCUAGAAGAACGGAUCAAAGGAAUCAGCUUGAUGUCACAAGAGGAGCUGUCAGCGGCUGAAGAUGAGAGACAGCUCUUAAAUUCACUGUGGAUCACAUUCUAUAAUGAACCUUCUUCUCUUUAG